ACCUGCAAUCGCCAUGCAAGGAUACGGUGCCUUUGCAAGGCAGGAAACAACAACCAUGGCAGACGGAAACAAGAGCAAGAGGGUAAAGGCAAGCAUCGCUGCUACUCUCUGCGGGGCUAUCCUUCUGGCUUGCAUUGUUGUCUUCACCACGCAUCGCAACACUACCAUCUUGGAGAACGAUCUAUCCAAGUCUCUCAUGGAGGAGGGAAGUAUCAGCAUCAACCCCGAAUCAGACAAUCCUGCUGCAGACUUCUAUGCAAACUCAGAGAGUGCUGGGUCAGAUGAAGACGUUGAAGAUGCUGGACCUGGGAAUCACCUUGGGGGAUGGACUCAUCCAGAGCUUUUGGACCCACCUUCCCCAGAGCAGCUGCAGAGCUUUGUUGACCCGAAGCAGAAGCAGCCGUUGGUUCUCCGUCCUGAAGACUAUAUGAGAAAUCCUGGCUCGGCCUUCACCUUGGAUCAUGACAUCGAGGAGGUGAAGAAAAUCCAGCAGAAUCUUCAGAAGACCCACGAGGAGGCUCAAGCAGCCAAGUCAACAUAUGAGAAGGAGGAGCAGAAAAGCGCUGCUUUGCGCAAGGAAUACGUUGAUUACGUCAACAAAGUGAAGCAAAUGGAGAUGAUGCGUCGGCAAGCCAUGGUCAGUGGGGCGUACCCCUCAGGACAAGGAAUGAUGGGCCGUGGCAAGAACAUGAUGUGGGGUGCUUACGCUCAAGCCCCUCAGCACAAGAACUCGAAGGCCGGAACAGACCAGUUUAUCAUCGACAGCGAGCAAAUGGAAGAUCCUGCUAAGGAAUUCCGUGCGAACUUUUACGACAAACAGGUUGGCGAGCGAAGGCCUUACUUGGCAAACAUCGAUAGGGCCGUCCGCAAGCAGGCCAUGUCCUCUUAUCCGGCAUCCAACGGCAUGCGAGUGGCUCAGGCUCAAUCUCUCCGUCAGUUCUCUCCCCAAGUCGCAAGCCCCCGAAGCCAAAUGGCCCACAUCGGAGAAUCAAGACAAAUUCGCGAAGGUCGCGAGCUUUCGAAGAUGAGACGUGACAUGGCUCGCUUGAACCUUGCCCGCGAGCACCUCGAGCAAGUUCAGCGCAGAGAUUCUCCUUUCCGGGAUGUUGCCUUCAGGGAGGGAUGCCCCGCAGGAACUCCAGGGUGUGAGAUGGUCCAGAGACAGAUGGUCCAGCCCUCGGGCAGCAGGCUUCAGCAGGAGCUUCGAAGGGAGAUGCAGAUGAAGACUCUUGGAGACAGCCUGGUUCCUGUUGAGGAGGCCGAAAACCAGAAGCCCAGGUUCUUGGGGGAUGGGUUGUACUAAAGUAGCAGUGAAUUCUUUUGGACAAUGAACAUUUCAUCGAGU